AUGAAUCUUCUGAGUGGAGGUGUAGUCCUCCUCAGUGUGUGGGGGGCUGCUCAGCUGAUCUCUCUCUCCUGGCUCUGCUGUCUCUUAACCGGUCUUGGACUCUGUGUAGCCUGGAGGGGAUCCUGGAGGUUCAUACGUGUCGCUUUAUGCACCUUCAGAAGAGACCUGAUGUGUCUGUAUGUGAUCAUGAGAGUGAGGAUUCCCAUGUUCCGUUAUCUGCGUAACAGAAGCACCAUCCCUGCCCUGUUUGCACAGACGGUGACAAAGUAUCCAGAUAAGGCUGCUCUGAUCUACGAGGCCACCGGAGAGGUGUGGACCUUCAGGGAGCUCCAGCAGCGAUGCCAUGCUGUGGCCCACUGGGCGCGUGCACAGGGAUGGCUGGAGGGGGAUGUGGUGGCCUUGUACAUGAAGAGUCAGCCUCAGGUGGUGGCUCUGUGGUUGGGUCUGGCUAUGGUGGGUGUGGAGGCUGCACUCAUCAACCACAACCUCCGGCAGCAGUCGCUGCUGCACUGUGUCGGCAUGUCAAGAGCUCGGGCCAUGGUGUUCGGGACGGAGAUGAGAGGAGCUGUGUCAGAGGUUCGAGGCUCUCUGCAGCCCGACAUGCUUUUGUUCAUCAGCGGAGAGCACGACGAUAAAGACGAGCUCUGCAGCCUGGACGGCAUGCUGCAGCGCUCGCCAAAACACCCACCAGACUACACUGUGAAGAAGGGAUUCAGUGACAGACUUUUCUACAUCUACACCUCUGGAACAACAGGAAUGCCAAAGGCAGCGAUAGUGGUGCACAGCAGGUACUAUCGUAUCGCUUCCUUUGGUUUCCAUUCGUUUGGAUUACAUCAUGAUGACAUCAUCUACAGCUGCCUGCCCCUGUAUCACUCUGCAGGCACCAUCAUGGCUGUAGGACAGUGUUUACUUUUUGGCGUGACUGCUGUUGUCAGGGCCAAGUUCUCGGCCAGUUGCUUCUGGGACGACUGCGUCAAACACGACUGCACGGUCAUUCUUUACAUAGGAGAGAUCUGCCGUUACCUGUUGGCCCAACCUGUCCGUUCAUCUGAGGCACAUCACAGAGUUCGUGUUGCCAUUGGAAACGGCCUGCGUCCUACUGUGUGGGAGGAGUUCGUCCGGAGAUUCAGAAUCAGGCAAAUCGGAGAAUUUUACGGUGCCACCGAGUGCAACUGCAGCCUGAUAAACAUAGACGGAAAGGUGGGGGCGUGUGGUUUUAACAGUCGCAUCCUGCCCAGCUUUUACCCCAUCAGACUGGUCAGGAUGACAGAGGAGAACGGAGAGCUGCUCAGGGAUCCACAGGGACUCUGUGUGCCCUGUCAGCCCGGUGAGCCAGGUAUGUUAGUGGGACGAAUUAACCAUACUGAUCCGCUCCGGAGGUUUGACGGCUACGCUGAUCAGGAGUCCACCAGGAAGAAAAUAGCUCCCAACGUCUUUAAGAUGGGAGACUCAGCUUAUGUCUCGGGUGACAUUCUGGUGAUGGAUGAAUAUGGCUACAUUGUAUUUAAAGACCGAAGUGGCGACACGUUUCGUUGGCGAGGGGAGAACGUCUCCACCACUGAGGUGGAGGGAGUUGUCAGCGGCCUGUUGGGACACGCUGACGUGGCGGUUUACGGAGUUUCUGUACCAGGUGUGGAGGGUAAGGCUGGUAUGGCAGCAGUCGCUCACACAGGAGGUCAGUUUGACCCCGAAGUGUUCCUUACGGCCGUACAGAAAUCACUGCCUUCCUACGCACGCCCCGUCUUCCUCAGACUCAUGCCGUCUGUUGACACGACAGGUACCUUCAAAAUCCAGAAGACGCGGCUGCAGAGGGAAGGAUUCAAGCCGGGAGAGUCGGGGGACAAGAUGUACUUUCUAAACAGCCGAGCUGGUCGUUACGAGGCCGUGACUGAUGAACUCUAUAACGACGUCAUGGAGGGUAGAGUGCGUCUGUAGCCGUGUUCAGAACGCCGUUUCAAGCCUUUAUAUUUACGCCCCUGUGAUGUUUGUCUUUCAUAUUGAAUGUUGAAUUGAAUUGAACAGCGCUGUGUGUGUGUGUGUGUGUGUGUGUGUGUGGUGUGUUGUGGGUGUUGUGUGUGUGUGUUGUGUGUGUGUGUGUGUGUGUGUGUGUGGUGUGUGUGUGUGUGUGUGUGUGGAGCCCUGCUGUGCCGUAGUCCAAUGUGACCUCAGACUGGGAUGCCAAUAUUACGCCAUCACAGAAUUAAUAUGAAUGUACAAAGACAUGAUGACAGCCGGCUGAUGAGAUGUUGACCUUACUGAGUAUAUUUGAUAUUUUAUUAGAUUUUUUAAAGAACAAUGAAAUAAAUCAAAGAUCUUUCUCUAGAGAUCAGAAACACAAA